CUCACUAACCUCUGAUCCACUCUCAGACUCUCAGACCUUAAUCACUGCUCCUGAUUUUAUUCAUUUUUAUCUCUCUUUCUUUUCUUUUCUUUGAUUUUCUUUUGGAGAUGAAGGCACACAGACGGAGCUGCUGAUGUGGAACUAUAGUGGAACUUCAGCACCAUGGCUGCUCUACACCUCCUUAUUCUACUGCAGUUUAUUCUCAGUUUGUUUCUGCCGAGUUCAGGAUUAAUGUCAAACUAUAAAACGUGUGGAGACGUCGCAUGUGCACGGCUGAUGUGCCGUGUUCAGGCUCUGAGAGAUCAUCGUGCUCAGGACUGCAGGUUUCUCAGCUUUAAAAAAGGCGACAUGAUUGACGUUUAUCACAAACUGUCAGGGAGGAGGAAUGAGCUGUGGGCUGGAAGUAGAGAUAAAGAUUUUGGUUACUUUCCCAAAGAUGCCGUGAAAAUCGAUGAAGGAUUUGUUGAUGAGAAGGAGGAAAUAGAGAUGAGAGCUCAGAAAACAGAUUUCUUCUGUAUGGAUGCGUUCGGGACAAUAAUCAAGAGUGGUGAAGAGUUUGAAGAUCACGAGAACGGAGCUCAAACUGCAGAGUCUGAAGAAUUAGGUAACGGUGAUUUUGAUGAUCGAGACUCCAAAUCAUCUGAAACAAAUGAGAAUGUCGAAACGAGGCAAGUUGAUAACAAUAAUAAAGGGAAAGCAGAACAAAGAGGAACUUCCUGGAUCGGAUCUGCUGUUAGCGGAUGGUUUGCUAACGAUGCUGAUGAAGAAGAAAACGAGAAUAAAGAGCAGGAGAACUUUAAGAGCAGAAAGCUGGCCUUGGACAUGGAGCAACUGGACAACGAGGAGAGACUGGAGUUAAAGGAUAAAACAGAGAGUGAUGAGGAUUCACCAAGUGAGCAGGUCAGUUACCUGCUGGGAGAUGGAACAAAAAGCCUGGUAGGUUUUGGAGGAGGAGGAGGAGGAGACACUCCACCUACUGAAACCAAUAAACAGACUCAGGAUGAAGAUACGCAGAAUCCGAGGAAAGAACAGGAAGCAACGAGUCGUACAAAAGAAGCCUCGGCUGAGACGAUUAAUAAAAAUGAGAGAAUUGACGAGAAGAAGUCCGCAGGAUGGUACGACAGCGUCUAUAACACAAUCACAACGUUUUACGACGAUCCUGCUGAGAAACGAGAAGCCAGUAAUGAUGAAGUUGAAGAGAGUUCGAUUGUUCGAGGCACAGAUCCAGAGGAAAAAAAUCCAGAACCGAGAUCAGAAUCGUUUCUGAUUCAGGACUCAGAAGGUGACAGAAAUGCAGCCAAUGAGGAGAAACUGGAAGUGAGCAUCCAGGAUGACUCGGGUGAAAGCAGUCAGCUCGGUGACGGAUGGUACGGAAGCGUCUAUAGCAGAAUUACAGAAUUUUAUGUAGACACUCAAGAUGGAAAAGCUGCUCCUGAUAAAAGUGAUGUUAUUGAUGACAGUAGACGAGAUUCAUCUUCAUUAACAUCUGAAAUGGGAACCGGUGAUCCCACUGCUGAGAGGAAGACUGAGAGUAGUAAUGCAGGGUGGUACAACAGCAUCUACAGCAGAAUUAGCAACGUGUACGGAGACACGUCUGACAGAUAUGAUGUUCCUGAUGUUAUGAAAGAGGGUGAGAGCCAAACACAGAAUGAAGCCACCAAAGACACCUCGUCAAAAUCCAUCUUUACUAUGAACGGCCUGUCGACUGUGAUUGACAGCCUGAGAGGAGCAGAAAGUGAUGAUGAAACCACAGCAAGUCAGUCUGUGAGAUCAGAGUCAAGUGAGACUCAGCCUUGUGUCUCCACUGAUCACAGUGAUGAUGAUGGUGAUGCUGAGGAUUUAGGAGUGAGGGACAGAGAAAACUCUGAGAAUUACCUUUCAAGGAUGAUUAACGGCCUAAAAUCCCCUUUUAAACCCAACAAUGCCGAAGAUAAAGAAGAGAGCGAUGGAGAACAGACUCUAGAUACAGGUAAGGAGGGACAGAGAGAUAAUGAGGACAAACGUGAUAAUGAUGAUGAGCUUAGUGUUACAUUGCCAGAGGUGACUAGUGAAAUAUCGACUCAGGGAGCUGCCGUGAUUAGCAAAGCAGAAGAAGAAGAAUCUGUGGUUGAAGUAAAGGUAGCUGAGGCCCAAAUACAUGGUGUAGAAAGCUUAUUAGACUGUAGUAAGCAGGACACAGGUGGAGAAGAUGAAAAGAGAGAUGAGUUCAGUGAUCAGUCCACCAGAAUCACUAGCCAAAGUAUGAACAUGAUAGAGGAACCAGAGGAACCAGGAUGGACUGAUUUACCUGAACACUACUCAGACACAUCAAAAAGAAGUGAAGGUGACACAAAAACAGACACAGUUAACAUGUUACCUGAGGCAGGUAUGAUGGUGCGGAGUAGUGAAGCAGAGCUGAUCCUCCAUAAGGAGUCUAGCACUAAGAAACACGAUGUAGAUGUUCCUCAGAUGGAGUCUACUGGAGAAAAGGAACGCGGUGAUGCAACUCAAAUAGAGUAUAGUGAAGAAAGCCAAAGUGUGAACAUUACUCUAUUGGUGGAGGAUAAAGAAAGAGAAGAUGCUGACGUUACUGAAAUGGAGAAUUAUACACAAAAAGACAGCGAUGAUGUAACUCCAGAGGAGUCUGGUGGAGAAAAGGAAGACAUAGAUGCUACUCGAACAGAAACUGAUGGAGAAAAGGAACGUUUAAACAUUACUCAAAUGGAGUCUGGUGGAGAAAUGGAAGGUGAAGUGAAGUAUUCUGGAGAACGAGAACAUGAAGAUGUUGCUCAAAUGGAGUCUGCUGGAGAAAUGGAAGGUGAAGUGAAGUAUUCUGGAGAACGAGAACAUGAAGAUGUUGCUCAAAUGGAGUCUGCUGGAGAAAAUGAAAGUAUAGUCAUUAUUCAGAUGGAGCCUGGUGGAGACAACACAAGUGGUGAGCUUACUCAAGUUAAGAACUCUGGAGGACAAGACGGUGUAGAUGAUUCUCAAAAUGAGGCUGAUGAACAAAAGGAAAGUGUAAACAUUACUCAAAUAGAGUAUGAAGGAGAAAAAGGAAAUGAUACUCAAGAAACCUCUGACAGAGAAAAAGAGGACAUAAACUUUACUCAGAUGAAAUCUGAUGAAGAAAGAGAAGGUGGAGAUAAGCUAAGCUUACACAAUACUCAUGGUUUAGAAAACUCGCACAGCGCCUCUGAAACUAAACAGAACCUGGAGAUUGAUCCAGUUGAGUCCAGAGAGUCUGAGGAACCUGAAAGUGCUGUGUUAGUGCAGGCUAAAGUCGUGCUUAAGAAUGUACAAGAUAUUCCAUCUCCAGACUCCUUUAUUUCCAGUCCAUCUGAUGGAGAUCAAAAUGACAGCAAAAAACAUGGAGAUAAAAUGAUGGAUGUUAAACAUCACAAAGCACAAACGUCAGGUCAGACACAGAAACCUGCAUGUCCUAACUUACAAGCUCACCUCAGUGAGGUGGACAUGCAGGUUCUUCAGAAGUUCUUCAGUGAAGGAACGUUAUCAUGGCUGGAUUUCCUCAUUGGACAUUCUGAAUAUAUCAACAAUGAAGAGCUUGCUGAGCUUCAUGACUUUGAACAAACACUGCAAAAUCUUCUGAACACCAGAAAUCAAGAAAUCAAGUCGUCGCUAGGAACCACACACACCGUCUUAGCCAUGCUACGAAAGAAGUUUAGACCUGUGAUAACAGAUGGCAGUGUAGAUAAAAGCCCAGAUCCGAGUCAGACUGAGUGUGUCACUGAAACAUGUGUGAGUACAAUGGAGAAAGCACCGAUGUCUGAGCAGGACAUGGGAAAGGACAUCAACAUGGAGACCGGCUCCAGCACAGACGACUCAGAGAGCUCGAACAGCAAAUCACACUCUAAUGACCAAGAAGUCAACACUGACAGGACUAGAAUAUUAGACACACUUGAGUCUGACCAGAAAACUGCUCCUCAUCUGGACUCCAAUAUUAUCACUGAAGAGUUUCUGGAACCUGAAGAAUCCCAAAACACAGUUCUGCGUCUCUACACAGCUCUUGCUGCUAAAUUCACAAGCGAUGUGAUCACGUUUGUGGUGAAGGAGAGUGUACACGUGACACACUCCAUCCAUCAGGUCGUGAUGUCACUUCCUGACGAAAUCCGACCCGGCCCUGAUCUUUACGGGGUGCCGUGGGAAGCUGUGAUCUUCACUGUCAUGUUGGGUUUAUUCACCUUCCUGCUCUUCACCUGCAGAUUCUUGCAGGCAGUUAAGAGCAGGUUGUACUGCAGUAAGGAGAGGAGGAUGGGACAGAAAGUGGCAGAGCUUCUGGAGGAGAAGUGUAAAGUUCUGGAGACGCUCAGUGAGUGUGAACACAAGUUUAAGAAGCUGGACGCUGUGCUGCAGGAUGGUGAACUUUCAGCUCAGGCUUCAGAGAAGAAAGAUUUGGAGGCCAUGUCGAAGAAGCUGGAGGAGACGAACGUACAGAUGCAGAGUGAUCUGGUGAAAAUGCAGGAGGAACUGGACACACAGGAGCAGCUCAGGAAACAGCAGGAAGAGCAGCUCACAAACCUGGAAGAGAUGUUAAAGAAGCUAGAGCAGGAUGCCACAGAGCGCAAAUCUCAACUAGAGCAGGAUAAAAUGACUCUGAAAAUCCACAAGAUGAACACUGAGAGACUGCAGAAGAAACUCCAGGAGGCUAAAGAGGAGAACAGCAUGCUGCUGGAGAGCAAAGCACAGCUGGAACAGGAGGCAGAGGGAUGGAGGGAGCGACUGAGUGAGCUGGAGGAAGAGAAGAGGAUGUGUGAGACAUCACACAACGGAAUGAUGGAGAACUGCGUGAAUAAAGACGAGCGCAUAAAGUCUCUUACAGAGUGUCUGUUGAAGAUGAGAGAUUGGGACUCAGAGGAGGAGAGCACUGUGAAUGACUCUUCAGAUUUCAGGCAGAAACAGAAAGUGCAGAAACUGAUCAAUGCAGCAACGAUGAGUGCGGAUUUGAAGGCCAUGGAGGAGGACAAGGACCGAAUGUUCGCCAAACUGACAGAUGAAAUCAAAGCCAAAGAAGAUCUUCAAGAAGGUCUCGAUCAGCUGCAGCGUGAGAAAGUGUCUCUGGAGUCAGAGAGCUCCAUGUACUCCAGUGAAAUAGAGAAACUCCAGCACAAGCUGCAGAUCAUGUCUGAGAUGUACCAGGAGAAGGAACUGAAGCUGCACAGGAUGUUGACGGUGGAGGAGAAGGAGCGCUCACAGAAGGAGGAGCAGCUCAACAAAGCUGGGAAGAAGAUUAGCCUGGCUACAGAUGAGCUCAACUCUUACAGACAAAGAGCCAAAGAGCUGGAGGAGGAGCUGGAGAAGACCAACCAGGCCUACAGGAACCAGAUUGCUGCACAUGAGAAAAAAGCUCAUGAUAACUGGCUGGCUGCUCGAGCUGCAGAUCGAGAUCUAACUGAUGUGAAGAGAGAAAACUCAGUGCUCCGUCAGAGAUUAACAGACUGGCAGUUUAAACUGGAGCUGAUGGAGAAAAAUCCACAGGCUCGUGUUCCACUGUUCAGAGGUGAAAGAUCUCCCUUUGGUCCGUCCCCACUCGGUCGCCCCCCCUCUGAAACUCGUCCCUUCCUGUCUCCCCCCACGCUGAUGGACGGACCAUCCAGAGUCUCUCCACAGUUUCCCAUGAUGCCUAGCGGCAGAGCGCCUCCUGGUGGUAUGGAAGGUGACAGGAGUGUUUCUUACUCUGAAGGUGGCUCCCCCACAUGGGAGAGAGAGAGAGAGCGCAGGAGUCUCGGCCCCCCAGGUCCAGAUCCAGGACUCCUGUACAGAAGACCUCUCUCAGCCCCGUUCCUGCGAGCACCACUUCCUCCUGAAGCGUACUACAACGACAAGUCAGAGUCAUCGUUCGGGGGAGAAGGAGCUGGGUUUAGUGAAAACGGGGUCAGAGACAGUGGACGCUCGAUGCCUGCUGCUGCUGAUAUAAGGGCGGGGCCUCUUCCUCCUCCUCAGUUUCCUCCAGCGGACCCCCGGGACCCUCAUUUCCCCCGCCGAUCUUACCGUCCUGACUUCUUCCCCCCACCUCCUCUGACCAUGCGAGGCCCCCCUCCUCCUCUUCCCCCUGGGGUUUUUCCCAGAAUUCCACUGCCUCCCCUCAUGGCAUUUCCACCAAUGAGACCUCCAACUGAUCAUGUUUCACCUGAACCUCCAUCCAGACCUUCACCUCCAGGCAGUGAGCAGCCAGCUGAACAACCUCCACCUGGUCAGGACAUCAUCUGAGCCCCUGCUCCAUCCUUCUGUUCUCUCUCUUUAUCUCGCUCUGUCCUGCUUAACGCACCCUUGCUCACUUCCCCUAGUUAGUGCGCAUCACCCCAGUGCUGCAUGCAAUGACUUCUGGGUAAUUUACACUGCUAUCAACCGGAUCUUUCAGUACUAGGAAUGCUGAGUAGACGGAGACAUGGGAACUUCUCUGAGUGGGGAAGUGAUCUGUGGUGCAUUGUGUCACUUCCUGUAUCAUCUCACGUCUCCUUCCGUGUCCUCACAUUUCUUAAUUGAUUAAUUUUUUUACUGUGAUAAAGAAUCUCCACGGGGAUGAAGUUUAAUUUAAACAUCUCUCAUGUCUGUACACGUCCUCGCACUUCCUCCUGUGUGCUGACGCUGUAGACACGGAGUAGACGUUCGUCUGUAACGAAACAGCACAGGACUCAGAGGUCCUUCGUGUUUGUCGGUCGUAUUUAAUAAUUUUUAGCUGAAAAUGAUGUAAAUACAGCAUCUAAAAGUAUUGUGAAUAAUAUGUACAUACACAAGAUGUAGUGAUGUAAUGAUGUGAUCUGCAGAAUGUCCCUGCAGUCUGUAACUUAUAGAGCAGACGCUUGAUCUCAGAGCUGCAAACGUUAAUAAAAAUCUGUCCUUCUAUAAA